GUUCCAUUCACUGCAGGAGGGGUGCACUCGUAUGCACGUUUCUUUUCAAAAAUUGAAUUUUCAGCAAAUUUGAGCUUGAAAAGUGCGAUGGCAGUGUGUAAUGUUUAUGUUUUGCGUUAUGUAUCUGAUCGUGGGUGGGGACUCGAUCUCUGGGUUGUGAUGUAAUAGCAGCAAUUCAAGAACGAUUCCGUGAUUCCGCAUCGGGUUUUCAGCUGACCACCUGUGUGAAUCACACUCGGAAUGCAAAUGUCAAUCUGAUCAGAAUCCAACGCGCCCUAUUUAAAUGAGUCUUCUAACCACUUUUUUGUAUUUUUAUUCGUUUCCGGGUUUUGUAGUACUUGUUGAUCUGGACAGAAUUCGAGUGGUUGGCAUCUGGUUUUUAGGGAUCGGUGCUGAUUUCAUUGUGCCCGUGCCGUGUUAAGUUUUUGCGUGGGGUGUAUAAAUGGUAUUGCCAUCCUUGUUGCCUUGUAGGAAAUAUUUAUCGGAAAUAAAAUCAAUAGUUCAAGGAUUUUUGUUUUUUGCCAGCUGCAUUCACAAUAGUUUUUGGUAUGGACACUGAACGGAAAAGUCUAAUUGGAUUUAUGGGAUUCUUAUUCCUAUUGGAUUCAUAUUGCAUAAUAAAAACAGACGGUUUUAGUGCUUCCCUUCACAUCUUUAAUCCAGGCCAAUGACCUCUCUACCAUAUCGCUAUCCCCAGCAACCAUUUCAUCAGCAACCGACACAACCACAGCAGCCUGGAGUUGCUGCACAGGCACCAGUCAUGGCAACACAAAGGUUCUGUCUAAGAUGGAACAACCAUCAGUCAAAUCUGCUGUCUGUCUUUGAUCAGCUGUUGCAUGAUGAGAGUUUUGUGGAUGUUACUUUGGCUGUCGAGGGUCAGUUGCUCAGGGCACACAAAAUGGUUUUAUCAGCGUGCAGUCCGUAUUUCCAGUCACUUUUUGUAAACCAUCCAGACAAACAUCCAAUUGUGAUCUUAAAAGAUGUCCCAUAUACAGACAUGAAGAGUCUGCUGGAUUUUAUGUACAGAGGCGAAGUAAGCGUUGACCAAGAUCGACUGACAGCCUUUCUCCGAGUAGCCGAAAGUCUGAGGAUAAAAGGCCUGACGGAAGUGAACGAGGAGAAAUGUGACACCAUAGCGAAUUCCCUGACACAGCAGAACAUGCAGAACAACAUGCCACACCUGCAACGUCUUCAGCAAAAUCAAAAACGGUUCACUGGGCAUCUGAACAUGUUGAGCAAUGCGUUGAUGCAACCGAAGAGGAAGAGAGGUCGGCCGAGGAAGUUAUCGGGAUGUUCGAAUGGAGAUGAUUAUGAUAAGGAUAUUGUGCAGGGAAGCCCAGAAAUGUUAGAGGUCAAAAUGGGCAUGGACAACUUCACAGGGAACAACUCCGACACAAGCACGGGCAAAAUGGAGAUAGAUGAGGACAGGAUGAAAGAGGAACCAGGACCAGUCGCAGGAACGUCAAAGGAACAGAUGUACGCCAAUUCGAAAUCGUUAGAAGACCUUCAAGCUGAAUCACCGUUGCCCCACCAGCUUCUUACUCCGAAAAGCGAGCCUGUCGACCACCAAAGCGACCACUUCAGCGAACAGCCUGGCACUCCUUCAGAGUCGUCCCGCAUGAGCACCCCCGACAUCUCGAAUAAUAACAAUAACAACACGACGCCUUCGACAAGCGGCGGCGGCACCCCAGGCGCGACUCAGGGGCAAAUGGGGGCGCCCAUGUCAGGGCGACAGCCGGCCAAACGCAGGGUGAGACGCAGGGCGUCAUCACAGAGUCAGGAUCCUGCCGAGGCGUUGACUGAGAUGUCCGUUAGGGGGCUGAAUCUGUUCAGGUACGCAUCGAUCAACGAGGGCAUUUAUCAGUGCACCGAGUGUGCCAAAGUGGACAUUCAGAAGACGUUCAAGAACAAAUACAGCUUCCAACGACACGCUUUCCUCUACCACGAAGGCCACCAGCGCAAGGUGUUCCCUUGUCCGGUUUGUCAAAAGGAAUUCUCCAGGCCUGACAAAAUGAAGAACCACAUGAAGACUGUCCACGACUGCUUCAUGCCCAAAGACGUUGUCUUUCCUCCAAUGGGAUUCUUCCCCACAAUGUAGAUGAAAGGUUGCAAAGAGCAGAUCCGUACUAGCAGGUGCUGAUGUCAAAGGACAGUACGGGGUGGACAAUGUAUUACUCAUUUGCUUCUACAAUAUCUGUAAAAGGAAAUAGAGUAUGUCUAGUUUUUUAAUUUUAGUUUCAUAUUGAAGGUUAGAAGUUGUGCAUGAAGAAAGAUAUUGAAAAACCCACAGAAUAAUGAAUCCUCUUGUUACAAUUUCCAGCAUUCCAUAACUCCUAACAUUCAAUAAAAUAUUACUUUCCAUUUUACUUAACAGAUAUUGAUGAAACAAAUCGGUCAGUUAUGCAACUGGCCACCCUGUAGAUGAAUUGUGGAGGUGUUUCGCUGUCAGUUGAAAGUACAAUUUUAGUUAUAUUUGAUAAUAGAGUAAUAGUGUGAGUGGUAGAAAGGCGCAAAAUUGAGUAAGUUUAUCCAACUACUAAACUAUUUAAUAGUUUCAAAUUGGUUAAAUAGUAUAGAAGCACUUUUACAAAGGAUUUGAUCCGUUUAAUAUAGGUACACCUAAAUAACAAACUAACCAUAACCAGGUUCGCUUUACGAAAAGUUGAUACAAGUAAAUUGUUCUCCUGGAGAUACAACAAGUGUUGCUACUAUAUAUAAACGUAAUUAUCCCGACACCCCUAGACUUUUCAGACGUACUGUUGUGCAAUAGAAUCAAAAAUAUGUUGUUAGUACAUUUUUUGAGCUUAGUUAGCUCUGUCGUCGUGAUAUGAAUAUUCUGAAGCAAGGGAUGUCAUGUAUUGGGACUGAAUAAAGGGUUGGCCCAAGGUUUGAACCCUGUGAGUAACAGCCCUACGCUACGUGUUGUGGGAAAAUUUUGAUCCGAAAUUUCAUGUCAAGGAAGGAUUUUGAGUUUUGGAAGUCAGAUGUGAAGCCGUUUUUAUUUAUUUAUAGAGAAUGUCUUUACGAAUGCCUAUAAGAGUUCAUAAGUACUUUCGUUUUUGGCGCAGAUAAUGCUCAGAAUAUGGCAUGUUCAUUUGAAUUAUCAUGUACAAAUGAUUUAUUUUUCUUUUUACUAUCCGCUGUGAUAUAUACAGAAACUAAAAUAAGAUAUUCAACCAAAGUAUUUUGCGCAUUUCUACUGAUCAUACGCUGAUUAUAUUAUGUGAUUAACCCAUCGCGGUUAAAAACAACCUGAAAGGUUUUAUGCAUAGUAAUAAUUUUUUACCAACUGCUAAGCAGUGAAUAAUACAAAAAUAUCUUUAUUAACGUCGAACGGACUUAAAAGAAAAUAUUUAUCGAAGUUAUAUUUCCGAUUUUUCUUAUUUUUAUUUUUCGGUUUGGAUAUAGAUUAGGGGUAUUGCAAAUAUAAUUUAGUAACUUGCUUCUCAGGCAUAUGACAAAAAAUAUAAAGUAGACUGGUAGUUCAAAAUCGCAUAGGUCGUUGUCAUAUGUCAGCAAAAAAAAUAUAUGUUUGUAGAUUUAGAGAUAUUUGUUCAUAACAAAUUUGUUUAACAUUAUAUUUAGUUAUCCUUAGAGGUAUUCAACAUAAAUAUACAAUUUAAUUUUUUUAAAUAUUGACUGCACAGAAUAGACAAUAAUUUUAAAUAUUUCUAUGAAUAUGUAUACAUAUAUAUUUUGUAUUAAAGAAUUUUUUGCCGCCGGCGCGCACAAGUCUUUAACCAUGUUGAAAUAUAUAUAUUUUUUAAUCAAGGUGUUGGGAAUAUCUAAACACGUUUGUUUUGAUGAGAUUUGCUGUUUCACACUGAAUUUCCAUUGUCUAAUGAUAAAACUCUGAGUAACGUCAUUGAUUAGCAUUAUUUCUGAGAGAUAUUAGCGCCAUAUGUGAAACUAUAACAUUUGUAAACAAAAUUAUUUAGAAGUAAUUACAGACCAAAAUUUAGGUUUCAGUGAGCAUGUGGAGUAAAUUGGUAAAAAAGUAGGAUAUUUCGGCAGAAUUUCAUCCGAAUUGUCUCUGUGGAGUAAAAAAAAAAUAUAACACAAUAGUACAGGGUGUCUAGUUUGAAAGUUCACUUUUUGAUUUAAGAAAAAAAUACAAAGAUUGAAGAGAAAAUAUUUAUUACUAUCAACAUAUUCGUAAAUUCGGCGGGUUUUAUUUCUUGAAUAUCAUUCCGUCCAAAUGUUUGCAUUCCUUCGGACACACUCUUCUGAUCGCGCGCGCAAAUUCUGGAACACUCUUGCAGAGUUCGGGAGUGACGAUGUCUAUUUCUCGUCGAAUAUUGUCUUUAAGCUCCUCCAGUGUUCGUGGGUUAUUGGUAUACACUUUUGACGUUAGAUAACCCCACAGAAAAUAAUCGUAAUUUGAAAUGUGAGCUUUCCCACUGGAUACCCUGUAUAUCCAGAUUUAAAUUAUUGCUUAUUAUUACGUGUUUCGUGUUUUGUAGAUGAUAAGCAGAGGCUGCAACUAUUAUUGAACACGUGAAUGAUAAUACUAUUAAAAUGCACUAAGUACAUAAUAAUAAGUAAAAUUUUUUUAACAUCGCAGGAAAUCAUAAAAUAGGCUAAUUUGAUUUUAUCAUAUAAAAUUAUAAACAAUAAAGCGCCAACUUAUUUUAGCAAACUUAUGUUGAAAGGAUCUGGUAUGCUAUCAUAUGACAUAAGAUCGAAAAACGAUUAUUAUAUUGGAAGGUUCAAAACUAGGAAAUUGGAUAAAUCUCUUUUUGUUCAAGGUUUAAGAAUUUAUCAUGCUUUACCACUAGAAAUCAAAAUACUCCAAGUGAUAUGUGAUUUUUAUUUUAGGUUAAUGUAAUACUGUAGCUUCAUGAGUUACAGUAGCCAGACAAAACAUGAAUUUAGAUAUCUACUUUGAAAAGAUUUGGAUAGUUUGAUUCUAUUACUCUUUCACAGUUGGCACUAGGAUCUUCAAUCCUUUUUGGUCUCUCGAAUGCCUAUUUUAAUGGGGUAUCUCCAAGUCUUGGUUAACCUGAAGAUACCCAAUUAAAAUAUUAAUUAUAGAGCCGCCACAAAAGGAUGCUGUUCCUAGCGCCAUCUAUAAGACAGUAGCAGAACCAAAUUCUAUAUCUCUCUAAUAUUCAUUUUUGUCCGGCUACUGUCUCUUAGGUGGCGCUAAUAUCUUCCAGAUCUCUUCUUGGACGUCUAAAUACAGUACGUGGCUGGCUGUUUUCAGGUGGACUAUGUUGAUCAACGGGCAAGUUUCAGCCUUUAAUGGAUAAAAGACGUUUUUGAGUCCAGAUGAACUGAUACAAUCUAAGAUCAUAUUAAUAAUAAAAAUUGUCGCAAAGAAGUCCCAACUAGGAUGUAGGUAUAAAAUACUGAGUUUUCAGCCGCUAACGAAUGAUGAACAUUUUGUAGUACAAG